GAGUCACCGCAGUGGCUGAGCUGCUGACAGGAGGCGGCGGCGGAGGAGGAGGCGAGGGAAGACCUGAGGCUGCUCUACCCGGCUGCCGCCGCCGCCGCCGCCGCCGCGGUAGCGCUCGGCAGAGCCCGCGAGCCAGCCCCGCCGCCGGCCUCGGCCCGCCAGCGCAGCCUGUGCCCAGGCGCCCCCCGCGCGCGGCGCGUCUUCUCGGCUCCGGGAUUCGCCCGCCCGUACCGUCCGGGGCGGCCUAGCCUUGCACCAACCUCCCCCCGAUCCCACCCCACCCCGCCCCGGCUGCUGGGGGCCGCCGCCCCGCGCGCGGUCCUGUCCGCAUCCCUGGCCGCGCCCGGAGCUCCCCCGCCCGCACAACCACGUCCGCCGGCACCAUGAUGGAGGAGAUCGACCGGUUCCAGGUGCCCACCGCGCACUCGGAGGUGCAGCCGCUGGUCAGUGAGCUAGAAAAGGAGGCCGUUUCCUGUCUGCUGACCUUCUUCAAGUUUUUAUAUUUUUGUCACGAAACUUUUCAAACAUACACAAGGUAAAGGUAAAAUGCAGGACCCAGCUGCCGCCUCCAUCUCCGACGGAGACUGUGACGCCCGGGAGGGUGAGUCAGUAGCCAUGAAUUACAAACCAUCCCCGCUCCAAAUGAAGCUGGAGAAGCAACGGGAGCUCGCCCGAAAGGGCUCCCUGAAGAGCGGCAGCAUGGGAAGCCCCGUCAACCAGCAACCCAAGAAGAACAACGUCAUGGCCCGGACAAGGCUGGUCGUCCCCAAUAAAGGCUACUCCUCACUUGAUCAGAGCCCAGAUGAGAAGCCGCUGGUGGCCCUGGAUACGGACAGCGAUGAUGACUUUGACAUGUCCAGAUACUCCUCCUCUGGCUACUCCUCCGCGGAGCAGAUCAACCAGGAUCUGAACAUCCAGCUGCUGAAGGACGGCUACCGGUUAGACGAGAUCCCCGACGACGAGGACCUGGACCUCAUCCCCCCCAAGUCCGUGAACCCCACUUGCAUGUGCUGCCAGGCCACGUCCUCCACCGCCUGCCACAUUCAGUAGCGGGCGGGGUCCCCGCGGCCGAGCGGGGCAGGGCCCGUGGGCCGGGUUUGGAUGGGGCAAGGGGCAGAGAGCCCUCCCCGCCACUCAUCCGCCUGCCCCCCGGCCCCCACAUCCCCAAACAGCCGCCAACCUCGUACCAGUCAUUGCUUCCUCCUAUGGUAGGACAUGUACCUCUGUGUGUCCAUGGAGCCGGAGAAACCCAAAGCGGGUCUCUCUCCACCCGGGGUAGGGGGGUGGGGGGCUGUUGGUUCAUUUAACCUGCGGGGAGAGCAGACCUCGCCCAGCGCCCUCCCCUCCCCGUAGCUGAGGUCCAGGGGUGGGCUGGGGGAG